AUGUCCUCAUCCAUAGUUUUGGAGUCUCCCAAGAAGAACUCGGUGACUUCGCCGAUUAAAUUGCAACCCCCAGCAUCUGCUAGCGGGAGUGUAGGUGGAAGUGUGAAUUACGAUACUUUAAAACCAUCUAAUCAAAGAAAAAGACUGUUUCUUAACUCACCAACUAGAUCAACCAGUGAUAUCGGUUUGAAAAAUGAUAAUUUAUUAUCUUCACCCAAUAAACAACUUACUUCACCCAAUAAACAACUUACAUCACCAAAUAAAAGAAAGUAUUUACAAAACAUGAGUCCUAACGUUAGUAACAGAACCAUUUAUCUUAACAAUUCAAGACCCAGUGGGAGUGGUAAUGUAUCGCUCACCGCUUCGACAUCUUCUAAUUCAAGAUCAGCAUAUCCUAGACCACUAUUAAGAACACCAAUUUCUAAUUUAAGAUCCAAAUCAUCGAUAUCAGCAUUUUCCAGGCCUAAAAGUUCCUCAAGCUUACUUGGAAAUUCAUCAGAACCUAAAAUUAAAUUACGUAGAACAAAUUCAUUGAUUAGUCAAGGAGGAUCAACAAAUACUUCAGAUACUCAAUUACAAAGUUCUACCACUUCUUCAGAUCGAUUUAUCCCAUUCCAUCGCAAUCCAAUAACUGGGAAAUUACAAACCAAUAAUACUAACCCUCAUCCAAAUUCUUCACCCCAAACUCAUAUUAAAGCACAAACUUCUAAAAUUUAUCAACAUCACGUUGCGGAGGCAUGUGGAUUAGAAGUAAAUUCACGUAUUCUUAGUUAUAAACCAUUACCACCAGAACGUAAUAAACCAAUUAGUUUAUUUAAUAAUAAACGAUCAAAUAGUGGUAAUGGGAAAGAUUUAAUUGGAAGUUUAAGGCCCGCCGCCGCCUCUGCCAGGGCGAAAAAGAUUCCUACUGCACCAGAAAGAGUACUUGAUGCACCUGGGUUGGUUGAUGAUUUUUAUUUAAAUUUAUUAGCCUGGUCAUCAACAAACUUACUUGCAAUUGGAUUAGAAGAUGCAAUUUAUGUAUGGAAUGCUCUGACGGGAUCAGUUGGAUUAUUAUGUGAAUUACCGGAGAAAACAUUAGUAACCUCAUUAAAAUGGUCAGAAGAUGGAUCAUAUAUAUCAAUUGGGAAAGAUGAUGGAUUAAUUGAAAUAUGGGACAUCGAAACAAAUACUAGAUUAAGAACAUUAAAUUGUGAAAAUCAUCAAACUAGAAUUGCAGCCCAAAGUUGGAGUCAACAUAUUUUAACUAGUGGAUCAAAAUUAGGAAAUAUAUAUCAUAGUGAUGUAAGAAUUGCACAACAUGUUAUUAAUAAAAUUGAAGAUGUGCACCAAGCAGAAGUAUGUGGGAUUGAAUAUAAAUCCGAUGGUAAUCAAUUUGCCACUGGAGGCAAUGAUAAUUUAGUUUGUAUUUGGGAUGCAAGAAAUAGUCAUGGACUUCAAGAAACCAAUACUAAAGCACAACCACUCUUCACUAAAACUGCUCAUAAAGCAGCAGUUAAAGCAUUAUCAUGGUGUCCCUAUCAAUCAUCAAUCUUGGCAACUGGAGGAGGUACUUCCGAUAAAACAAUUAAUUUUUGGAAUACCAGUACUGGUGCACGAGUUAAUACCAUUGAAACAGGAUCACAGAUAUCAUCAUUAAAUUGGGGGUACGCUCUGGGAAUUGGUAUGGAAAUAGUGGCAACUCAUGGUUAUCCAACAAAUAGUAUAUCCUUAUUCAAUUAUCCAACUUUACAGAAAACUGGAGAAAUCAAUGGAGCACAUGAUUCCCGAAUCUUGAGUGGAUGUUUGAGUCCUGAUUCAUUAACUUUAGCAACCGUUGCCGGAGAUGAAAAUUUAAAAUUUUGGUCAUUAUUUGAUUUAUAUAAGCAAAAUCGCCACGGAGAGUCUGGCGACAGAUUAGAUGAUGAUACUAAUGAAUUACUUAAUAACGAUGAAUCGAAAAAAUUGAAAAGUUUAAUGAAUAUUAGAUAAUGACUAAAUGAC